AACGCACGCGACCCUCGCACGCGCUUUCGUCCCGAAACGCGUCCCGCGGAGUUUGCGAGCGCGCGGAAGACGUCUCCGGGGCUACGUCAGCGAGGAUCGGCGCGCGGGAUCGACCCUCGGCCGUGAGGAAGAGAAAGAGCGCGAGCGGCGCGUCGGGGAAAACGCGCGGGCGCCAUGGCCGACGAGAUGUACGACGAGUUCGGGAACUACGUCGGCCCGGAGCUGGAGAGCGACGACGAGCCGGCCGAUGACCAGCAGGACGACGCGUGGAUGGACGCGGAAGCGCGCGGCGACGUCGAGGGCGAACCCGCGGACGCCGGCGGCGGCGGUCUGAUGGACGAGGAGGACGACACGAACCCGGAGACGGCGAUCGUUCUCGCGGAGGACAAAAAGUACUACCCGAGCGCGGAGGAAGUCUACGGCGCCGGGACGGAGACGCUCGUCAUGGACGAGGACGCGCAAGCGCUCGAGGAGCCGAUCAUCGCGCCGGUGAAGAAGAAGUCGGUGGAGGUGAGAGAGCGGGACGCGCCGGUGAUGCACGUGUCUGAGGAGUUUUUGAAAGGGCUUUCGGGGAACCCUAACUUGGUUCGAAACGUCGCGAUCGCGGGGCAUCUGCACCACGGGAAGACGACGUUCAUGGACAUGCUCACGGAGCAGACGCACGAGAUCACGUACGAGUGGCUGUCGAACGAGAAGCAGUUGAGGUACACGGACACGCGUCUGGACGAGCAGGACCGGGAGAUCAGCAUCAAAGCCGUGCCGAUGUCCUUGGCGCUGCCGUCGGGGACGGGGAAGCACCUUCUCUUCAACCUGAUGGACACCCCCGGGCACGUCAACUUCAGCGACGAGGUUACCGCGUCGUACAGACUCGCGGACAGCGUCCUUCUCGUCGUCGACGCGGUGGAAGGGGUGAUGUGCAACACCGAGCGGCUGAUCAAACACGCGGCGAAGGAGCGACUGCCGAUUUGCGUCUUCGUCAACAAGAUCGACCGUCUCAUCCUGGAACUGAAACUCCCGCCCGCGGACGCGUAUCAUAAACUCCGUCACACGCUGGAGGAGGUCAACGCGGUCAUCGAGGCUGCGUACGGCGGCGACGAGAACUGCCCGUUCGCGGACCCGGUGCGCGGCACGGUGUGUUUCGGCAGCGCGUUGUACGGCUGGUCGUUCACGCUGCAUUCGUUCGCGAAGCUUUACGCGGACGUUAAGGGGGUCGAAAUGAACACGAAAGAGUUCUCGCGGAGGCUGUGGGGGGACGUGUACUUCCACGACGACACGCGUACGUUCAAGAAGAAACCCCCGCCCGGCGGCGGCGAGCGGAGCUUCGUGCAGUUCAUCCUCGAGCCGCUGUACAAAAUUUACUCGCAAGCCGUCGGCGAGCACCCGGCGUCGUUCGCGCGCGUGCUUGCGGAGUUUGGCGUCACGCUGAAAGCGUCGGACUACAAGAUGAACACGAAGCCUCUGAUCAAGCUCGCGUGCAGGUCCGUGUUCGGCGACGCGAGCGGGCUCGUGGACAUGCUCGCGUCGCACUGCCCGACGGCGCGGCGGGGCGCGGAGAAUAAAGUGCUUCACGCGUACGGCGGUCCGCUCGCGAGCGCGAACGACGGCGAGGACGUCGUCACGGCGAUGAAAAACUGCGACGCGGACGGUCCGCUGCAGGUGAUGAUCUCGAAGCUGUACCCAAAGUCCGACGUGAGCGCGUUCGACGCGCUCGGACGAGUCAUGAGCGGGACGCUCAAAAAAGGCCAACGCGUUCGCGUCCUCGGCGAGGCGUACUCCCCCGACGACGAGGAGGAUUGCGCGGUGAAGACGGUCACGGAUCUGUGGACGUACGAGGCGCGAUACAGGAUCCCGAUCGAGGUCGCGACCGCGGGGACGUGGGUUUUGAUCGAAGGCGUCGACGCGAGCAUCUCAAAGACGGCGACGCUCGUUGACGAGUUCACGAAGGACGACGUCCACGUGUUUAGGCCGCUCGCGUUUGAUAACCAGUCCGUGGUGAAGAUCGCGACGGAGCCGCUGAACCCGAGCGACCUGCCGAAGAUGGUCGAGGGGUUGAGGAAGAUUAACAAGUCGUACCCGCUCGCGGUGACGAAGGUGGAGGAGAGCGGCGAGCACACGAUCAUGGGCACCGGGGAGAUCAUGCUGGACUCGAUCAUGAAGGAUCUGCGCGACUUGUACAGCGAAGUCGAGGUCAAGGUCGCGGACCCGGUCGUGACGUUCUGCGAGACCGUCGUCGAGACGUCGUCGCUGAAGUGCUUCGCGGAGACGCCGAACAAGCGGAACAAGUUUACGAUGAUCGCGGAGCCGCUGGAUAAAGGUUUAGCGCACGACAUCGAGACGGGCGAGGUGUCCUUGAAGUGGCCGAAGAAGAAGCUCGGGGACUUUUUCCAAAACAAGUACGACUGGGACGUCCUCGCCGCGCGCAGCGUGUGGGCGUUCGGGCCGGACGACCACGGCGCGAACGCGCUCCUGAACGACACUCUACCGUCCGAGGUUGACAAGGAGUUGUUAAACGCGGUCAGGGAGAGCGUCGUGCAGGGGUUCCAGUGGGGGACGCGCGAGGGGCCGCUCUGCGACGAGCCGAUUCGAAACGUAAAGUUUAAGAUCCUCGACGCCGCGGUCGCGCCGGAGCCGCUGCACCGCGGCGGCGGGCAGGUCAUUCCCACCGCGCGGCGUGUCGCGUACUCCGCGUUUCUGAUGGCGUCGCCGCGUCUGAUGGAGCCCGUGUACGCGGUCGAGGUGCAAACCCCCGCGGAUUGCAUGUCGGCGAUUUACACCGUGUUGUCCAAGCGCCGCGGGCACGUUAUCGGGGACUCCCCGAAACCGGGGACGCCGGUGUACACGGUGAAAGCGCUGCUUCCCGCGAUCGAGUCGUUCGGGUUCGAAACCGACUUACGGUAUCACACGCAAGGGCAGGCGUUCGGGGUGUCGUACUUCGAUCACUGGGCGGUGGUUCCGGGGGACCCGCUCGACCGAUCGAUCGCGCUGCGGCCGCUCGAGCCGUCGCCGGUGCAGCACUUGGCUCGGGAGUUCAUGGUGAAGACGCGACGACGGAAGGGGAUGAGCGAGGACGUGAGCGUGAACAAGUUCUUCGACGAAUCGCUGUUGUUCGAGCUCGCGAAGGCGGACACGGAGAUCGCGGGGAUGCUGUAG